UUAAUGUCAAGUCAAACUGUCAAAUACUUUUUACCUGUUAUUCAUUCGGCUCUGUAAAAUCAAAUAGUUUGUUGUUUGCAAAUUAUGCAUUUGUGAAAUGGAAAUAAAAGUGCACAUUAUCGUGCUACAGCUGAACAAAAACAGUUUACACUAUCUGCGUUAACUGAAGCAAUAUACUUACAUUGUUAUAAAUGUGAAACGCUAUUGUUUUUAGUUUUGUAGUACUCUACUUUCAAGUGGAGUUUAGGUGGAUUUUGAGCGGGCACUAUGGGUUCUUACAGCAAAAAGUCCUCGGCUGAGUGGAUAAUAGACCAGCUAAAUGUGGAAAAUGCAAAACUUUUAGCAUUUGUCUUGGUUAUAGGAUUUAUUGGAUACCAUGGAGUUUUACAUCUUAAAUAUGGAUCAGACUCCUGCACCUGGCUACUGACUGCAGGGAGAUAUAAAGGAGAUCAUGAGUGGCAACCUUAUGGCUGUAUGUUACACAAGUACUCCAAAACUGACGCCAGGCGAUGUUUCCGGUACCUCGCGUUCUGGGGCAAGUAUAACAGCUUCGCGUUCAUUGGCGACUCGCGGCUCGAACAGCUCUACGAAUAUUUUAUAAGCGUGGUCCGCACUCGACUGGACCUCGACUCGUCGUACUCGACGGUGGAGCACCGCAUGCCCAACUACACGUACGUGGACAACAAGCUGCGCCUGUCCGUCACCUUCGUCUACAGCGACGAUGUCUCCAAGACCAUGGUCGACCAGUUCCGCACAUGGCAGCGUUCGGACCAACCACCCUCCGUGAUCAUAGCCUCUACCGGCCUACAACUACUCAAAACUAGGAACACAACAGACUUAGUUUUAGAAGAAUACAAAAGGAACCUUACGCACUUAGUACAAGCUAUAGAUUCGCUUGCAGCACGAAAUACGCAGGUUUUAUGGAAGUUGAUUGAGGCGGUGGAUGCGAGUAAACUGAAGAAUGAUUAUAAACGGAUCAAUAACAAUGAUAUUGACUCGUACAACAGAGCUGCUGUAGAGAUCCUGACACACAGCGCAGCCAAGAUAUGGAAGUCAGCGCUGCUGGUGUCGGAGGAAGGCAGCGUGGAGCUGAGCAGUACGGCGCUGAGGCACUGCACGCAGUUGUUGCUGAACAUGUACUGCAACGACCACAUGAACUACAACGACGGCUCGUGCUGCGCCCAGCCCGAGCCUUACACGCAGCUGCAGAUAGUCACCUUCGCUAUAUUCUUGUUGUGCGGAGUACUCUGGGUGGUCCGUGGCGCAUGGGGAGCGUAUGAGACGGCGCGGUCUCACCUGCAGGGCUACGCCCCCGUCAGUCGGGCGGCGCCCCCACCUGUCUCCGGCGCCGCGGGGUCUGACACAUCGCCCCUCGCAGCGAUGGCCCGGCUCGGCCUGAUAAUGUGUUACUUCUACUUGUGUGACAGAACAAACUUCUUCAUGAAGGAGAAUAAGUACUAUUCCGAGUGGAGCUUCUGGCUGCCUGUCGGUUAUGUGUUCGCGUUGGGAUUGUUCUUUACUGAGGACUCCAAGUCUAAUACUGUCCUACACCGAGAACAAACAGACGAAUGGAAGGGUUGGAUGCAACUAGUGAUCCUUGUGUACCAAGUGACGGGGGCUAGUAAAGUGCUGCCCAUAUACAUGAUGGUCCGUACCCUGGUCUCCGCGUACCUGUUCCUGACAGGGUACGGCCACUUCUACUACACGUGGAAGACAGGAGACACCGGCCUGGUCAGAUACUUCAGGGUCAUAUUCCGACUGAACUUCCUGACCGUAGUGCUGUGUCUGACGAUGAACAGACCUUACCAGUUCUAUAGUUUCGUGCCGCUCGUAUCCUUCUGGUAUACGCUGAUGUUCGUAAUCUUCGCGCUACCACCUCAUAUAACGCCGUCGUCGAGCCACACGGUGGAGUCGCGGCCCUACCAGUACCUGUACAUCGCCAUAAAGGUGAUAGGCCUCCUGGUCAUAGUGACCGUGCUCUACAUGAGCGAGGUGUUCUUCCAGAAGAUAUUCGUCACCAGACCCUGGAAGGCACUGUUCGUGAACUCUGAUGAUGACAUCCAUCAGUGGUGGCUGCUGUGGAAACAGGAUCGGUACUCGAUGGCGUACGGCAUAAUGUUCGCGCUGGCGUACCUGGCGGCGCGGUCGGCGGGCGUGCUGGACGAGCGGCUGGGCAACCUGUGGGGCACGGGCGCCUCGCUGUGCGCCACGCUGCUGGCCUGCGUCGGGCUGGGCUGCUACGUCACCUUCACCUUCUUCUGCAGCAACUCGUUCGACUGCAACGAGAUCCACUCGUACGUGUCGUUCCUGCCGGUGGUGAGCUACGUGGCGGCGCGCAACGUGUGGGGCGGCGCGCGGCGGCGGCACUCGGCGCUGUUCGCGUGGGUGGGGCGCGUGGCGCUGGCGCUGGCGGCGGGCGCGGGCCACGCGCUGCAAGCGGCGGACGGCGCCGGCCUGCUGCUGCUGCUGCCGGCGGCGCCGCAGCUGAGCCUGCUGCUGUCGGCCUACAUCUUCCUGUGCGUGGCGCACGAGGUGCAGCGCCUCACCCAUAUCAUCUCGCCCUACGCGGUGCCCGACGACUGGAGGCUCGUGCUGCGGAACUUCGCCAUCUUCCUGGCCGUGCUCGUGCCCAUCGGCAUCCACGACGGUAUGUUCUGAACGUUUUGUGAUUUAAACUAGUUUUGGCUGUGUUAUCGAUGAUCGUGGAGGUUUCUUUAAUAGGUAAUUAUCGAGCAAUAUUUCAGAGUGAAAUUGAUUAUUUAAAAAUAGUUGUACGAUUUAAGCUAUUUAAUUCAUUGCACGAGCGCAUCUUAAUUAUUGAAACGAAGAAAAAUAUAGAACCUAUCAUUUAAAGUACAUUGUAAGGGAAAAUACAAGUGAUGUACUCAUACUUACCAAUAUUCUAAAAUAAUAAAUUGGAGCAAUAAAAAUACAUACAGUACAUGCUAUGUAUGUACGUACCUAAUAAUAUAAAACGUACGAUAGUUGGCAAUAUAUUGAAUAACCAGUUUGUGACAAAUGUAUCAAGUUUACAUUUGAAAAUAUUUUGUACAAUGUAUAUGUAAGUUAGUAACAAAAUGUACAUAUUAGCUUUGUAUGGAAUCUAGUCUAUGAACAUAAUAAGAUUGUGUGAAUUAAAUAAUCGAUUGCUGUAUGUCGGCGAUAUUAUGAUUUACUCAUAAAUAUGUUUUUUUUUCCUAAAAUUAAACUUUGAGAACUUGUUUUCAAAAAAGCUUGUUUGCGUGGCGACAGUAUUUUAAUUAUAUUAGGAAAAUUAUCUGAUCAAAAUGUUUGGUUUGAUUGUCGAGAAGUCCCGAAUGGAGACGUUAAAUAUUAAUCUCAUUUUGGUUGGCUCAUACAACUUAUAAUAUUAGUUGCACGAGGAAGAUAUGUGGAUGGUUGAGAGGCCAAUUGAUCUAAGCGUAUUUUUUUGCGAUACCGAGUUAAAAAAUCGGUGAUUCCGAAUAUGUUUAUAACUCAAUAUCGCAAAAAAUAAUAACAAAAAAAUAUCACUUGGAUCAAUUUUAGCUUAUCACCGUCGAUAUUUAUUUAUGUGUUUUCAACACAGUAUGAAUAAUAUUGACCAUUAAGGCAGAUUUACACAGGAUCAGUAAUUGACUCCGAAAUCUAGGGUCCCCAAUGACUAAAGAAUAUUCGUGUGAGAAUUCUCAAGUCAACAAUUACUUCAUGCCGCUGUUCUGACUUGAAGUCUUCAAAUCAGUUAAGAGAUUGGUUGUUGGGGUCAGCGCUGACUUGUAGCGGUUUCGGAAUCGGUUACUGGCAAUGUGUCAAUCUGCCUUUAGAAACAUACUUUGCUAUGUUAAAAGCAAUUUAAUAUAUUUUUGAUUAGUGUAAGUAUUGUACAAAUUGUGUGAUAUCAAUAGAUAAUGGAUGGUGACGUUUGGAACAACUAGUAUUACAAAUAUAGUAGUCGUUUGCUAGUUGCGAGGCUGCUAACUUAAUCUGGAUUAAGGAGACUAGCCAGAUCACUUUUUUAAACUUUAAAUUGUGUAUCUGUCAAAAAUUGUGUUUUAUAGUUCGGCUCAUAAUUCCUCGGUUGAUCUAGUGGUUCCAAGAAAAUCUUACUAGGUGUAAGGUAAAAGGUUUGGUAAAACUAAGUAAGGUAUUUCAACCUAAAAAAAUACAGGAAAUUUUUAUCAUACAAUUGGCUCACCCCCUAUUACAUGGGACUUAUAACACAAAUGGUGAAAAUUGGUUAGGUUAAUUAGGUUUACAGUUAGUCGAAUUAUACAGUCAAAAUUGCCCAGUUAAAUCGUAAGGUGUGUAGCGAACAUAAGAAAUCAAAUAUUUCGAGUAUCUAACAAAUUAUUUUUUAACGAAAAUUGUGUGUAAGGGUCAACAUUAUGAGCCGUAAUAUAAGCGAACAGCUAGCAAUAAUAGCUAUAGUUUUCGAUAUAUUUAAAUAUGGAAAGCAUUUCUUGUAAAUACAUCUCGUAUGUCAGUCUCCGUACUACAAACUAUGCGUUACUGUAAUGUAGAUUUUGUUUAUAAGUUUGUAAUCUUUGUAUAUAUUUGUACGAUAAAUAAAUUAUUAUGAUUGCUAAAGAACAAA